GGGCAAGUCCUUCCUGCUGAACGUGCUGCUCAACUCCACGCGCGGCUUCCUAGUGGGCACGCAUCCAGACCCCGAGACCCUGGGGCUCUGGGUGCGUGUGCUGCCCCCCCACCGCCUGCAGGCGCGGGACGGAGCGGUGGUGCUGCUGGUGGACUCGGAGGGGCUGUAUGGGGACGGUGCUUCACGGGCGUAUGAUGCAAAGCUUUUUGCUGUGGCUACGCUGCUGUCCUCGCAUCUAAUCUACAACACCUUGCGCACACUCGGUGACGCGCAGUCAGUGGCAGCGUUGGCGGACCUAGCAAAGCAGGCACACGUGUUCAACCUGCAGAACUGGCUGCACUCGGGGGGGUGGGGACCCGCUCACUCCAAUUCCGCUGGCACUGGUGAUGGUGCUGCUGCUGCUGCUGCUGCUGCUGCUGCUGCUGCUGUUCCUGCUGCUUCCCCUGCAGCAGCAUCGUCCCACCUGCCUGACCCACGGCUUCUGCUGCAGACACUCACCUUCCCUCCCCUCACCUGGGUGGUGCAAGGCUUUGACCUCGACUUACAGCAGCAGGAAGACUCCCCUUCACCCCACUCCACCGCAUCCCACUCCGCCCCACCCCACUCCACCCCAUCCCACUCUGCCUCACCGCACUCCACCUCCUCCCACGCCACCUCCGUCUCCCCCAUGGUGUACCUGCAGCGCUACCUAGCGGCACAUGCACGCACGGGAGACCAGUCCCUAGAAACCCUCUUUACACAGGGUAUAGCGUGCCUCACUGUGCGCACGCCCACGGAUAUCAAUAGGCUUCGGGAGGAGGUGGGCGGGGCGGGGUUGGGCGCUGCUGACGUGGAGCUCAUGCCAGCGCUGCACCCGGGGUACCUUGCUGACGUGGCGGCAGUGCGGGAGCGCGUGAUUGGAGGGCUGGAGGCGAAGGGACCGGCUGGGCAGAAAUUCACAGGGGAGACUGUCGCUCGCCUGCUUCCCCUGCUGGUCCAUUUCGUGAACAGUGACUUCCCACUAAACGCCGAGCGCCACAUACAACAAGUCAUGCUGGACCUGCUGCUGGACGGCGCGUUCGCCUCCGCCGUCCACUUCUUUCGUCUGCAUGCCGAUGCCGCCCUCGACCGAUUCACUCGAGCCACCCGCGCUGCUGCUAGUGUUUCUGCUGAGGACAUAAGUGGGAGAGGUGAAGAGGGAGAUUUAUUUGCUGCUUCAGGCACUGGCACUGAAUGGGACGUGAGCAGUGCUGCAGAACCUGCUGCAGCUGUGGCAGGGGAAGGAGCUCACACGUUCUCUGCUGCUGCUGCUGCAGCACUGGCCUCCCAAUCUCCAGCGUCUCAGCUGCUCUCAGCCACGUUCACAGCGGAGCACAUGGAGCAAGUACUUUCCAAGGCAGAGCAAGACGCGCAGCACUACUGCAUGGCGCGCAGUGUGGGUGUGCCUGCAGACCGCUCCGCCAUGACAUGCGGAGUGAGGCUCUUCGCCAAGCUGGACCACAUCAAACCACACUACAGGUCCAGCAACGAGCACAACGUGCAUGUGGCGCUGGCAGCACUGGCAGACGAGUUGCAGCAGGCAGCACAUGCAGCAAUCGCUGCCCUUCGCCUCCCACAGCAGGAGCAGCUGUUGGAGCAGCAGUGCGAGGCAGUCCGUGUGGCAGCCGUUGACAGGUUCACGGGCACUCUGGGCGACCACAGCAGCAGCCCCUUGGCUCCCGUGGUUCGUUCCCGCCUCGAUGCUGACGUCAGCAGCCACUGCUCCGCCGCCACGUCAGCAAACGACCGGCUGAUCGCCACCCUGCUGGGCAAGGGGAGGGUGGCGUACCACCGCGCAUAUCAUGACACGUUCCGGGCGGCAUUUCUGUCCUAUGCUGCCACCCAUGCCCAUUCUCACGCACAAACGCCUGAUACCAAUGCUGCUGCUGCUGCUGAUUCUACUGUUGCUACACGCACUGCUGCUUCUGCUUCUGCUUCUGCUUCUGCUUCUGCUUCUGCUGCUGGUGGCGCCUCUCCAGCCGACGACCCGCACCUCUUCGCCCACAACCUCUUCGCCCUCCUCCCCUCCUCCACGCCCCCUCCCCCUCCUCUCUGGCUCCUCUCCCUCCACGCCAACGCCUCCCUCCUCUCUCAAGACACCUUCUCUGCAGCAAUAGCCCAGGGGGGCCUGGCGUGGGUGGUGCCUGGGCACGAGAGGUUCGACUUUUUUCUCUUUCAGGCGAUGCAGUGGGGGAAGCAGCGGGAGAGGGCGGUGGGGGAGGAGAAUGCGCGGAGAUUGCGGGGGUAUUGUGGGGAGAUGAAGGGGAGGCUUGUGGGGGAGUAUCGGCGGCGCGUGGGGGAGAUCCAGCCAUUGCCGGAUAAUGAAGAGGUGGUGGUGGCUAAGGCACGUCAUCUAGCCACACUGGUUCUGGCCAAUUACAGCGCGGCAGUGCAGCCAUACCUGCCGUCAGCUUCGGUGGAGGAGGUUCGGGCGCAGCUGCAGGCUCGGGUGGAGGAGGCUCGGCAGCGGCUGGUGGAUCGGAACACGGAGCUCAUGGCAGCGCUCUGCUUUGAGCCUCUGAGGGACGCUCGGGACGAACUUAACAUGCAG